UCACCCUGUCACUGACUGUUAAUAAGCACAACAACAUUUGCAUUCAAAUACGGAAUAUUUGGUGAGAAUUCUAAGCCUUAUGCAAGGCAUAAUUUUGUACUUUUUCUAACUGCGAAUAAUGGAAGAUGCUUGGAAUAUGGCCGAGAGCAUGUUGUUGGAUGUGCUCGUUUCCAAUGUCUACAAUCAGUUUAUCCACCAGAACGCAUCGCUAUUCAAGGACAAGAUUGUACUGGAUGUGGGCUGUCGCAGUGGACUGCUGAGCAUCCUGGCCGUUGAGGCAGGCGCCAUCAAGGUCUUUGCCGUGGGCAACAUGCAGAGUGCCAAAUGUGUUACGAAGGUUUUGGCCCAUGGGGAGAACGCGGAGAUUUUUGAGCCGCUCAGCGGUUGCAUCAGCCAACUCAAGUUGCCUUGUGGACUGAAGAAAGUGGACAUAAUAGUGUCCGAAUGGAUGGGGCAUGCGCUAUUUGCGGAUUCUCUAUUCUGCCAGGUGCUGUACGCACGUGACAAGUGGCUGACAAAGGGCGGCCAAAUCUUUCCCAAUGUGGCCAAUCUCUAUAUACAGGGCAUAUCCCAGAGCCGACAUCAGAUCAUCGAUAAAAGCCUGCCGCCCAUCUUGCUGAUGGACGAUUAUGUGAAUCGGCAAUCGCUCAUGACAGAGAAGUAUCUAUUGAAGAGCAUAAACCUAAGCAGCGCCAAGGAUGAGAUUGAAUUCUUUAAGGCCGAUUUUAAGAUGAAGGCUGUGCGCAAUGGAAAGGUGUCCGGGUGCAUGCUCUACUUUGACAUAUGCUCCACAAAUGCCAAGGGUCAGCUGCAAAAGCUGUUCUCUAUAGGUCCCGAGUCGCCCAAAACGUAUAUGAUGCAAACGGUCUUAUACUUGAAGGAGGAUGCCCUCGAGGUUGUCGACCAGCAGCUUCUGUUUGGACGUUUUAGCAUGGCAGUCGGCUGCUUUGCACCGCGCGGCGUUGAAUUCUCCCUGGGCAUAUGGCUGGGUCAGUAGCUGGCUGUACUUAAUAAAGGGUAAUGCUGAUGCUGAUGCGAAU